AUGGGCAACGCGCCUCCGAUCUCUGAGCAGAAGCUCAAAGAGCUUCUGAAGAAAUACGACAAGGACGGAGAGCUGGCACGAGGUUAUGCGUGGCACGAGGACAACAAUGGCCUCGAGUGGGAGGAGUUCAAAGCAUUGGCAGUGGAAGUUGGAGAGCUGCAAGGUCUCAAAAAGCCUGCGGAGUCCGAUGUUGAUGAUCGAUGCUUUGAUGCUUUGGAUGUGAAAACCAUUUUUCUUGGUUUGGAUGAGGACAAGACGCUGAGCUGCCAGCAGUGGAUGUGGAGUGGCGUGGUGAGUAUCCAAGAGUUUGAGGCCGCCUAUGCAAAGUUAGAGGAGCAACUGCAGGCAGCAGCCAAGGCCAAGGCCAAGAGCAAGGCGGCUGAGGUGACGCUGGCGGAGGGUCAGACGUCCAUCUUCGAUGCCAUGCCGGGCUUCAACUCCUUCGUCCGGGACCUGGGCGUCUCCAGCCUCUUCGAGGAGGAUUCACGGGUGCCCAAAGCCAAGGCCAUCCCGACGCCGAAGAAGGUGAAGCCGCCCCCACUGCCGGAACCACAGCCGCCACCCUUGUCCAGCCAGGUGCCUUGGUCCACACAGCUCAAAGCUGCAGACCCCGAUUGGUACGAUGAAGACGAUGCUGGCUACGACUCCUCCGACAGCUUCCCUGAAGCUGGAGAGCUCCCCGAGGAGGAAGUGUCAGCCACCGCUGCGGCACCGCCCACCAGCACAGCGCCCGCAGCGCUGGCCGCGCCCGGCACCGCGCCCGCUGCGAAGGUGGCGCCUGUGACACCGGCAGCGGCGCCGCCCAAGGCGACAGAGAAGCCCAAGGCGCCGGCGCCGAAGAAAGCCAAAGCGGUCAAACCCAAGUCGCCGAAGGCAGCUGCCCCAAAGCCCAAAGUGGUUCUGCGAGAGCCCAAGGGUCGAGUUCAAGGAGUCUCAGCUGUGGAUGGUGUGACGGACGAUGUCUUCUCGUCGCCCAUCCACCGGCGCGAGGCUGUGGCGCAUCCUCAGGAUGCGCCGGACCCGCAAGGCAUUCGCGUGCUUCAGACCGGUGGAGGCAUGGAGAUGAUUCAGCAAGACCCUGAAGUGCUCUCAGAGCCGGAGUCCCAGGAUUCAGUGGACUCGAUUAGUGGUGAGAUCGCCCGCUCUUGGGACCCGACGGCCACGGAUGUGCCUUGUGCCGCUGGGUACGCGGGCGGGGUACGUGGCUCAACGGAGUGGGAGUUCGGUACCAAGUGGUACCGAGUGCGCUACAGCUACGCCCGCGACCGGGCAGUGGGGUUUAGCGAAUCCUGGCGACCUUUGAAGUGGUCCACCGAGGAGUGGGAACGACGUUUGCUGGCUUCGGGAAACCUUCGCCACCGCGUGGGCAUCGCCAAGCAGAAGAGCGACCCUAGAUCGCAAGAGUAUGGAACGGGUCCUUAUCUUAUUUCCUCAUGGAAAACAUGUGUUUUUGAUUAUGUUUUGCACUUCAGGCAAAAUUUUCGGCACUAG